GUCCUGGUAUAUAUAAAAUGAAUCUAGGGCAAAUCAGUAUCAAAAUCGUGAUGCUGUGUGCCCGUAAUCUCCACCCAUUUCCUGAGGUGUGAAGGAUGUCGUUCUGUAGCCCACCGCACCCACCAGCUCCACAGCAGCAGCCUUCCUGACCGAUUUCUGUUCACAUCGACUCCUGCUUCAUCUACACAGACUUUCGGGGAAUCCGCACGUAGGCACGGACCAGUCGAUGGAAAAAGCGAGAAGAUGAUACUGUGAAGAGGGUGGACAUGGAAACCCGACGCUGAGUUCCUUUAAUUGUGAUCAUAAGACACUAUGGCCAAACAGUAUGAUGUGCUGUUUAGACUCCUGCUCCUCGGAGACUCCGGUGUCGGCAAAACCUGUUUAUUAUGCAGAUUCACGGACAAUGAAUUUCAUCCCUCUCACAUUUCCACCAUCGGUGUCGAUUUCAAAAUGAAGACUUUGGAGAUAGAUGGCAUUAAAGUGCGAAUACAGAUAUGGGACACAGCAGGUCAGGAGAGAUAUCAGACCAUCACUAAGCAGUACUACAGAAGAGCACAGGGCAUUUUUCUGGUGUAUGACAUCACAAGCGAGCGUUCGUUCCAGCACAUCAUGAAGUGGGCCAGUGAUGUAGAUGAGUAUGCCCCUGAGAAAGUGCAGAAGAUACUUGUUGGAAACAAGUCUGAUGAAGAACACAAGAGACAAGUAGCUACAGAACAGGGAAAUAAGCUUGCCAAGGCUUAUGGAAUGGAUUUUUUUGAGACAAGUGCCUUUACCAACCACAACAUUACAGAGUCUUUCACCCGAUUGGCUGAGUUAGUCUUACAAGCCAAUAAGAAGGAUCUUGAUUUGUUGGGAGGAUCCAUGAACGAUGAGUUCAAUCUGGCUGUUUUGGAGGAGCAGGAAGGAUUGUGUAAUGUUAGCGAUGACACCCGCAAGUCCUGCUGGUGCUGAGGACAGGAAGUGACGUGACUACUUUUUCACUUCAUAUCCAUAUUUAUGUUGCAUUUACAUUUUGAAUUUCAUUUUGCAAAACAGUUAUUGUUAACCAGUGUUUGGUGCCUUUAAUGGCUUAUUUCCUGCUGAUUCUUAAGAAUAUUAUUUCUUAUUCAUUAUUUAUUUUAUAGUUACUAUACAUUAAGAUGGAACAUUAAAGAAUAUUGUGUGUGUGUGUGUGUGUGUGUGUGUGUGUGUGUGUAUAUAUAUAUAUAUAUAUAUAUAUAUAUAUAUAUAUAUAUAUAUAUAUAUAUAUAUAUAUAUAUAUAUAUAUAUAUAUAUAUAUAAUUCUUCCGUUUUUCCCCUCAUUCUGAAAAUCAAGAUCAAAAGGCCACUGCUGUGCAGUUGUACAUUAUUUAAUUACACUCAUUCAAGCCACACAUUCAGAGUCUGUCAUACGUUAUAUUAAAUGUAACAAAUAUAAAAUACAAGUUGAUUAAGUGUUAGGCAGCACUGACAGAAUGGUUUAUUCAAAGGAAUAGUUCAAUCAAAAAAGAAAAUGUCAAGAAUAUUUAGCCACCCUCAGGCUAUCUAAUGAGUUUAUUUCUUCAUCAUAACAGGAGAAAUCUAGCACUACUUUUUACAUUUAACUCACCAAUGGAUCCUCUGCAGUGAAUGGGUGCCAUCAGAAUGAGUCCAAACAGCUGGUAAAAAACUCACAGUAAUCCACAAGUAAUCAACACAACUCUAGUCCAUCAAAUAAUGUCUUGUUAAGUCAAACGUUCUGUGUUUGUUAGAAACUAAUCCAUCAUUAAGGCAUUUGAAGUUUAAACUAAAUUUCCAUAAUCCAUACUAAAAGUCCACCUGCUAUUGUCUUCUUACAACAAAAUACACCAACACAUUUUUUUUUCUCUUGUAAACAGUGCUUGAUCUGUGCAUAUAUCUCUCCUGAUUUAGAGAAAGCAAUAUUAUGGAUAUUGUCUUGAUGAUGAUUUGUUUAUUACAAACACAGCUUUCCACUUUUAAUUGGUGGACUAGAGUCAUGUGGGCUAUUAUGAUGCUCUUAAUCAGCUGCUUAAACUCUCAUUCUGAUGGCACCCAUUCACUGCAAAGGAUCCUUUGGUGAACAAGUGAUGUGCUGCUAAAUUUCUCCAAAUAUAUUCUGAUUAAAAAAAGUCAUGAGGGUGAAUAGAAUUUAAGCAAAUGGUCCUUUUUGGGUGAAGUAUUCCUGGUUGUAUGGCUGGGGUGCUCAUGCUAACAUAUUCUUCUUUCCUUGUGUUUUGCUUUGGGACUUCAUGUGAAUAUUAUUCAGAUUUGAUUUGGCUUUCUAUAAAAAUCUUGAAUUCUGAAACCUUGACUGCACCUACUUGACCAAUGUUUGCUCUUUCAAGGUAAUAAAUGUAUUCUUGAAUGAUGAAAUGAUGAAGCUUCACACGUCACUGUAACAUUCUAAGCUUCUUUUCGUUAAAAGAAAAAAAUUGAAAAAAAUAGUCACUAAACAUGCUGCUUAACAGUUCUGGUCCACUGUGAUUGUAAAUGAAUGCAAGGAAUUUUGAUCUCAUUAAUCUGAGGUUACUCACUAAUUUACUCAAGUAGUAUGAUUGAAUGCGGUAUUUUAUACCAAUAUUACAUCAAGCUCACUUGUUCCAUCAAUAAUCACUAUUUAGCUGAUUAGAAUAGUUGGAAUGUUUCAACUUUUACUCUAUAAAUGAAUCCGGAAUUGAUGUGGUUUAAUUUCAUCACAGCACACUGAAUAAUGUUUUUUCCUGCUUAAAUCAACAUCUUACCCAUACAAACUGGAGGGAAAUAUAUGCAGACUGAACCGUUGUGAUGCCCAGCAUUGAUGGCGGUGUACAUCACUGUAAUGACAUGGGUUGUAUUGCUAAAGAUUCAAUGUAUAUUACACUAUUGCAGCAUUUAUAUGUGCAAGUGGCAUUGUACUAUGUUGAUUUAAAUGAACUCUUGAAUAAUGCUGAUAUGUUUAUCUGUUGUUUCAUGAAAUACGUCCAUGAAAAAAAAUCUGAGAAAUUUAAAUGCGUAUGUGGUUAUUUAUAUAUAAACUGCAAUGUUGUGAUUCUGUUUAAGGGGGGAUGUAUAGUUAUGAAUAAACAUCUAAUUAUGUAA